AUGAAUGCGGCAAGACUCACGUCGGAUCAGCUGCGUCAGCGCGUCCUGUCCAAUACAGGAACAGACGGGCGUCUGCUGAACGCGGCGUUUGACCUCGAUGCGAGGACGGUCGCCAUCCUCAGCAAGCGACACCAGAUCAGCAAAAGCUUCGGCUUCACGUCGAUGCUGAGCUUCUCCACGACCGUGCUCGUCUCGUGGGAGGCCUUCGCAGUGACCUUUCAGGGUGGAUUGAUGAACGGCGGGCCUUCUACCCUAGUAUACGGAUUGAUCUUCUCCUUCUUGGGAUCCCUAGCUACGGCGGCCUCGCUGGCCGAAAUGGCAUCGAUUUCUCCCACCUCGGGAGGGCAGUAUCACUGGGUGGCGCUAUUAGCGCCGGCCCGUUUCGCGAUCCUCUUCAGCUGGUUUGCCGGAUGGAUCACGGCGUUCAUGCGAAUCGCGGUAACGGCCAGCGUCGCAUUCCUUGCGGCGACGAUGAUCCAGGGGCUCGUCAUCUUGAACUACCAACAAACCUACCACCCGGAGCAAUGGCACGGCACGCUGAUGUACUGGGCCGUUACCCUCAUCAUCGUGUUCAUCAACAUAUUUGGCAUCCGGAUCUUCCCCUACCUCGAGACCCUGGCCCUUAUCCUCCACGUCAUCUUCUUUUUCUGCAUCCUCGUGCCCCUGGUGCACCUGGCUCCACGGAGCUCGUCUGAGUUCGUGUUCCGCUCGUUCGCGAACAAUGGCGGUUGGAGUAGCGACGGCGUUUCGUGGUGCAUUGGCCUCUUGACUUCUACGUACGCCUUCUCCGGCGUUGACGGUGCUUCGCAUAUGGCCGAGGAAGUGGACAACGCGGCAGUUGUGGUUCCGAGGACCAUGAUAUGGAGCAUUAUUAUCAGUGGGGUGCUAUGUUUCGGGAUGAGCAUAGCGAUUCUUUUCUGUAUCGGCGAUGUGGACGCGGCCUUGAACACACCGACUGGAUUUCCCAUCAUCGAGAUCUUCUUCAACGCUACCAAUUCGUACGCAGCGACCAACGCCAUGGUUUCGGCAUUGAUCAUAUCUAUAUUCUUCUCCGCUCUGGGCCUUCUCGCCUCAUCGUCUCGGCUCCUCUGGGCCUUUGCCCGCGACGAUGGGCUACCGUUUCCACGUUACUUCUCACACGUUGACAGUCGCUUCGGCAUCCCGGUCCGCGCCGUCUUAUGGAGUGCUGUCAUCAUCAUGAUCCUAGGAUUAAUCAACCUCGGGUCGACGACGGCGUUCAACGCGAUGGUAUCGCUUGCCCUGCUCGGGCAAUACACAACCUACGUGCUACCGACCAUCUUCAUACUGGCACGACGCGUGCGCCCCGGGAAGAAUAUCCCUUUCGGCCCGUGGGAGCUGGGCCGGUGGGGGGUCCCGAUCAACGUGUUCACCAUCGCCUUCUCGUUCCUAACGAUCGCGUUCAACGUCUUGCCGCCUUCUUUCCCCGUCAAUGCGACGAAUAUGAACUACGCCGGCGUGGUGUUCGGGGCGGCGCUGAUCAUCUGUACCGCGUUGUGGUUCCUCAUGGGGCAGAAACAUUACGCCGGUCCAAUAAAGGAGGUGAUGCAGAACGGAAACAUACGGUCAGCACUCCUGAACCGCGAGAUCGCGCCUACACAUAAGCAUGACUCGAAAUAUGGAGCGGUCUAG